CUCUGUUCCCUACAACUUUUUCCACUUACUACUUAAGUUAAUUUUUGUAGAUCCUUUGUGGAAACUGCAAUAAAUAUAUAAGCACAGGUGGUCGAGGAAACAUACCAAUUCUUACUUCAGACAGCUGUCAACGCUUUACUGGCCACAUUAGACAAGUAUCUCAGAACACAAAGAAAUAAUAACCAAGUUAACAAUGGUUAAGACAGUUGGAAUUAUUGGAGCCGGUGUUAGUGGUCUAACAGCUAUCAAAAGCUGUUUGGAAGAAGGUUUACAACCCACAUGCUUUGAAAGAAACGACAUUGGAGGGCUCUGGAACUUCAGAGAGGAUUCAGAAGAUGGCAGACCCAGCAUCUACAAAUCUUUGGUCAGCAACGUUUCUAAAGAAACAAUGAGUUUCAGUGAUUUUCCAAUACCAGAGGAUUUUCCUAACUUCCUACCUCACGUAAAAUAUUUGGAAUAUUGCAAGUUAUAUGCAGAACAUUUUCAGUUGCUGAAAUACAUAAAAUUUAAGACAGUGGUUUGCAGUGUGGAGAAGCAUUUGGAUUUUAAGCAGACAGGGCAGUGGGUUGUUAUCACUGAAUCAGACGACAAAAAACAUACAACCAUCUUUGACGCAGUUAUGAUUUGCUCUGGCCAGCAUGUGGAUCCUUUAUUACCAAUGGAUGCUUUUCCAGGUAUAAACAAGUUUAAGGGAAAAAUUCUACACUGCCGACAAUACAAGAGACCAAUUGGAUUUGAUGGGAAAAAAGUGUUAAUCAUAGGGAUGGGUAACAGCGGAGUUGAUCUAUCUACUGAGCUCUGUACCAGAGCUUCACAGGUAUACCUCAGCACAAAGAGGGGUGUUUGGGUUUUACGCCGCCUUGGAAGUAAAGGAUACCCUUAUGAUGUACUUCUUCUUACUCGAUAUAAGAGUUGGAUCCAAAGCAUUCUACCACUUGCUGUAUCACAGUGGUUAUUUAAGAAGCAAAUGAAUAAUCAGUUCAACCAUCAUCUCUAUGACUUUGAGCCAGAAGGAGCCAUGACAAAAGAACCAUUGGUUAAUGAAGAGCUCCCGAGUCGCAUUCUGUCAGGAUCGAUAAUUAUGAAGCCUGGAGUAAUUAAAUUCAUGGAGACAUCAGUCCAGUUUUCAGAUGGUACAACAGUAGACAAUAUUGACAUUGUCAUCUUUGCCACAGGAUAUAAUCUAUCAUUUCCAUUCCUGGACGAAUCCGUCAUUAAAAUGGAUAACAGUAAAGGAUUUUUAUACAAAAAAAUAAUUCCUGUCGACAUUGAAAAACCCACAUUAGCUUUCAUUGGUUUUAUUCAGCCAGUUGGGUCAAUCAUGGUAGCUGCUGAACUUCAGAACCGUUGGGCUACUAGGCUCUUUAAAGGAUUACUUGAGCUUCCAAGCAAAGACGAGAUGAAGAAUUACUUAGUCAGUGAUGAGAAAUUCAGAAUUAAAUGGUUUGGGUCAGCAAAAGAGAAUUCCCGACGUAUGAACUACGUUGCAUAUUUGGAUGAAUUGGCGUCACAGAUUAAAGUAAAGCCAAACAUCCUGAAACUGCUUCUGACAGAUCCAGUUUUGGCUCUGAAAGUUUUUUUUGGACCACUCAAUUCUUAUCAAUAUCGUUUAACUGGUCCUGGAAAGUGGGCUGGAGCAAGGGAUGCCAUUAUGACCCAAUGGGAUCGUAUCGAAAAGCCUCUGAGAACAAGAGGCAAACGAGAAAAGUCAUGUUCUCCUGUGUUGACUCGUUUGUCUUUGUCGAUCUUGCCCUGGAUCUUCUUCCUUGUGAUUUCACUUUUAGCUUUUUGGAUAAAAAGUUAAACACCUUCAGAAAUUAUGUAGGCUGGCUACACUGCCAAAUGGUACAGGUAAUCCUUAUGAGCAAUUUAUA